AUGGAGGAUGUGACUUUAUGUGGCCGCCAAAUUUUCGCCAAAUGUGUGAUGUAUAAUAUAACGGCCGCUAUGAGGCGUACCUUGUGGGUGCGGAGGCAUUUGGUUAUAGAGCAGAUAGCAGCGUUAGAAGGAGAUAUAGUGUGUCUGCAGUUUGUCUGUAUUCCUUAUGAAUCGUCGUUUAUGCGGCGCAGUGGGCUGAUGAAAACAGCAGCAGUUAUAGUGAAAAGGGCUCGACGAGGGCAUGAGGGAUUGACGAAAAUUGCAUCCCGCAGUUUGAGCGAGAUCCCAGCUGAGUCAACGACAGCGUCUUCGAUAGCAAUAACGGAUUGCAAUGGUGAUAGUGGUAGUAGGAAGCUGGUUGAAAAGACAGUAUUAAACGGGUUUGGGAAAUUAAAUGGAAAUGGUCAAAGCAUGGUACGAGAGAUUGAGCUGCUGUGUGGGAGAACGAAGGAUAAAGGCGGCAAGAUUGUAGACUUUGUAGAGCAGCUGCACUCAAGGGGGCUUCGGGAGGAUAUGUUGAGUUGUUUGCCUACAGACUCCUUGGUGAAAAUUCUUCAAGGGAUGAGCAAUCGUGUGACGAGUAAAAAAUCGAAAAUUAACGGACGAGCAGAGCAACUGAUUAAACACAUCGCGGAGGUGGUAUCGGAGAGAGCUCAGCAGGGAGAUAUGCAAUUGGAAUCGCUGAUUUACUUUUUAUUGCGAAUAACGCAGCUCGAUCGGCUUGAACUCCUCCAAGUUGCGGCGAACCUUCCUAUGCAGCGGUUCGAUGAGUUUUAUACUACCGGCGAUCGGGGAUUGGGUUUGUUAGCUACAGCAUUACAG